AUGAGAGUACUUAUUGCUUUUCUGCUGGUUGGUGGAGCCCUGGCAGGUAAGAGAAAUGUUUCUCUAAGUUAGGUCUUGUGUUUGGUGGAAAUAUUUUGUUGUGCUCCGUAAUUCGUAUUCGGUUAUUUUUUAGCGAAUCGUUGCUACUUUCUUUCCUUUUUCGUUUAUUUUCGGCCCUGUAAGUUCUUGUGCAAAUAUAGCCUCCCAAUCUUUAUUCCAGUAUUGUUUUCUUUUAGUCCAUUUUUGCGUUUAGCCUAAGAACUUGGAUCUAUUGCGUAGGAAAAUUUCUUAAGAACACCGGAUAUAUUGGAAAAUAAUUUCUACGCCAUCCGUACUGUUCGAUUUUCGAUGACGUAGGUGACAUCUUUUCAUUAGUUUUCUUGACUUGUUCUUCGGUGCGGCUUAAAACCAUGGGCUCAUUUCUAUUCAGUUCAACGAAACCAAAGUUUGACCAGCUCAAAUUCACGGGAAAACCCUCAGUGGAAAUUCCUAGCAAAUACCUAAGUCACAGGCAGCCCAAACAUUUCUUAAGGGAUUCCUGCAUCAUGAAAAUUAACUAAUAGAUGUCUUAACAGAAGCACAAACCCAACGUUUCCUUACUUUGAAGUCUGUGUGUUUGUAUAUUUGUAACAAAAUCACUCAUUUGGUAAACUAAGUCAAUAUUUUCUGCAGUGUGGCUCGGGACUUGAACCUCUCAACUUCAGAUUUUAAUCACUUGCGCAUCAUUUAAAAAAUUCAUAAUCACGCAAAAUGUAACUUGUACAAUCUUUUCAAUCCAUGGCUACUCUGUGUCCUGCAGCCGAAAGCUGCACCGAUUCGUAAAAUUUGUUUCCUUUGAAGACAAAAAUGUAUUCUACCAGGAUGGCUUGAAAGCCGAUUUAGAGGCAAAAGGCAGCCUCGACAAAACGAUACGUAGCUUCUAGACGUUAUAUUUUGCGUGACAACGAUAUCUCCAAGGAACACUAGAGGGCGUGAAAUUUGAAGCAUAACGGUUCAAAUUGCGAGCAAUACUACGGGAAAUAUCGACUUAAAUAGCUAAAGGGCGUUUUUUUACCGCAGACGAGCACGUAGACGAGAAACUAUGGAAAACUAACUUUGAUUUCCUCAAUUAACACACAUAUUUAGCAUAAUAGAUAUUUCUGCAGCGCUUGGGCUGCCUGUGUCAGAAGGGCUUAUCCUUACUAGCUUGCCAUCUGUUUCAUUGCAGUUCCAGUGCCAAUCAACAAAGAAGAAGAAAUCUGCGAUCAAGGUACUCUGCAAAAGUUAAAGUAUUAGAUUUCUUUGCUUAGGGUUAGGGUUGGGGGCGACUCUUGUUCUCUUUUCAUAGAAUUGAUUUAAUCAACAGAAUAAAAAAAGAAAAAGAAGAAAGAGAGAGAGAUAUAUAUAAAAUAAGAAAGGUGAAAGAUCGUUUCCUAUCCAACAGUAAAUGAAUAUUUAUUUAGAAGAAAAAAAUUCUUCGUUGUAAACUGUAUUCGGGUGUCUUAGUGUUACGUGCUGAUGGUAUAACGGUUAUCAAACUAACAGGAAAAGGAUCACCAACAUAGGGUGCCUAUCUCAUAAAACUAAAUAAUUGCGGUUUGUCUCACAAUCAGGAAUUUUUGCUCUUCUGUCGUCGAAAAUCCUCCUAAUUGCUAUUGUUCUGAGCAGAACGGAAUUGGAUUACAACGAUAACAUCUGAAAGAAUCCUUACACAACGAAAAUGCACACAUCUUUGCUGCGUAAAUAAAAAUCGCGGGGAAAACUCCAGAACACUAUGAGGCAAAGUUUGCAUCCGGUUUUUCAAUCCAUUUUAAAAGUGUUGAGUGCUCGAUCCGCUCCGGUUUAUUUGCGUUAAUUGACCCCGAAAAAAACCUUCGGACGAUUUGACCUACUCUGUUGACAUGUAUGUGGAAGAUGAUCCGAUCACAUGUACACCUCGUUUUCUCCACGGAUGUAAGCAUGAUAGCUCGUCUAAAUUUCCAGAUUCUUCCACUAAUAUUACGCAGUCAUAAUAACCCUUUUUCUCGAUGAUGUUUUGGUUAUUACGUAAUAUUUCCGGUGUAAUUAAGCCUCCUUGGUUUUUUGUCGACGUCAGAACAUCAGGGGGAAAGCUCGCUUCUGUUCGUUGUGCAUGUGGAAAAGUAAAAGUUUCACGUGAAAGGUUUGUGUUACGUGACCAAAAUCAGUGCGUGUUUCGGCUUGCUUUGUCAUGCCAGUUAUGACAAUAGGAAAAAUUAAUUCGAAAAAAAAGCAUAUUUAAGUUGACAUUCUAGCCUUCGCAGAUAAGUCUUACUAUUUUUAACUAGCUAGAAAGUAUUGUUCUUAUUAAAAUUUUCUCAUUUGUAUUUUUUAUUUACCUUUCUUGGUUCUGUCAACUUUAAUAUACAAUUUGCAAUUAUUGGUUACCAGUUACCUUUGGUUAAACAAAUCGCUCCACUUUUUAAAAAUAAAAUUUAGGUGAUAAAGAUCUGCCAUCUAAAACCUGCCUUCGGAUGCGCCAAUCGGUCAUUGUUAAUUUUCCCUCCGUCCAUGGCAGGACAAUCUGGCGAAACAGGUUGCGGGUCACGUUUAGUAAUUUCGUUUGACAUUGUUGAAAGGUCAAAGAUUUGAUGAUUGUUUUGAUACAUGAUUCAUGUCAGUACAUUUGACAUAUAUCAGGAGAAUUUAUCCUCUUGCCAAGUCUCGUGACAAAGCGUUAGGAACAUUUGUUUCUCGCCAUAACUCAGGGAAUGCACGAUACAAAUAAACAACACAAAAAAGAACGAUCAAAGAGCCUAGACAAGCAUUUCAAAACUGGACAAUUGUUCGUUUAAAGUUUUAUCGCGUAGGCUCAUGACGUAUUAAGGUUUAUUUAGUUUUUAAAUCGGGGUGAAUUGAACCAAUAGUUUAUUCUUCGUGUUUUUAUGCAUUUUCCGCUUUUCACGGGCAAAAGAGGCGUUUUGUAUCUCGUCACUUCUGUUCAAAAAGAAAUCAUAGCCUUUCGUGCCAAACUCCUGAAAGCCUUUCGUGCCAAACUUCGGCUUUACAAUUAAUAAAAAGCAAAUAUCCGCCCCUUACACGCCCCCCGACACGCACCAGUUCACGCCCCCAACACGCCCCCUUCCCACCAAACACACCAACAAACAAGAAUUCGUGCCGAUUGCCGAUUGGUAACUUUCAGUUUUCUGUUAUAUUGAAACGAGGAGAUUUCCUCGAUAGUUUACAUUUGGAGUUCUGUAGAGCCACAAAAAAAACGAAAGCCUUUUUUUGUUUUCGAAGACAAAGUUAGGAUUCAAAGGUUGCGAGAUAAAGAAUUUGGGCAAAAAACGCAUGAAUCAAAGGUAUAGGAUUAACAGAGGAACUUUUGGGCUAAUUAAUUUAGAAAUCCAGGUGGUCUUUUUUUUGUGAAUCUCGGCCAAAUCAACUUGUUUUUACGGAAAUGCGUUGAAAAACGUGCGCAAUCAACAUGACGCACAGGAACAAGGAAUAAGAGAGACAGAUAAGUGUUCACGUGGAGGGGUCGUGAUCAUGCGUAAUGCAUUAGCACGUGAUCUGUAAAACUAAUCCGUAUUGACGUGACGUUUUCUUUUUCUCCCAGCAUUUACACGAUUUGUGCCCAACCAAAGGUACACUUAUCGUUAUGUCGCUACCACCGUGACUGGUGUGACAGGAACAACCAAUCAAACGACUGGACUUCGCAUUGAGGCUACGUGUGAGAUCAAUGCACUAGCAGACUGCCGCCGUUCUCUCUGGGUUUGUUAUUUUGUUAUCUUUUCUUGCCUUUUAAAAAUGUUUUCUUUUUCGUGGUCACUUGUUCUCAGUGAAGUCAUAAUAUUGAGCGUUUUUGAAACUUAUCAAAUUAACCCUUAAACUUCCAAAUUCUGAUUGAUAAUUCUCCCCUCCAGCUACUACAUAUUUUAUUAGAAAUUAGUUGCGAGAAUUUUGUGUUAGAUCAAGGCAACAACUUUUACUUGAUAUGUUUGAUUAUUCUCAUUACCUUUUUGCUGGAUUAUGUAUGGAUAUUGUAGGGAGAAGUUAGAUAUUAAUCACUUCAGGGAGUAAAAGGGUUAACGCGCUUUUUGAUUUAAUGUGGACAUAAACUGGAUAGGAGCGACCAAGUUGAGGUUUUACAUAUGAUUGGUCGAGCACGUCUUAACUGGUUUUAAGUAUGAGUAUAUGGGGGAUGAACGAUGGAAAAUUUUUUUGGAAGCUGUAAUCUUGUUACAAAGUUGGCUCUUCUCUAGAUUAGUGAAUCUUACUGUUGGAUUCAUUUUGCGUUGUUGAAGUCUUAACACUUAGUUUUAUCCUUGGUAAUAAUAAUAAAAAAAAAAAUGAUAAUAAUUAUGGGAAUUAACCCUUUGACUCCUAGAAGUGAUUAAAAAAUAACUUCUCGCUAAAAUAUUCGUACAUUAUCCUAUAAACAGGUUGUAGUUCUUGCAGUGUUCAGUUAGAGGACGAACUGAAAAGAGAACAGGAACUUUUGUUGAGAUAUUGUUGUGACUUGGCUUUUCAUUUCAUAUAUUCUUUUGAACAGCUUCAAAGAACAUAAUCGAGAUUUUAAUCGAGGAAGUCCCCGCACAUUCAUAAAACUUUAACAUAAUCUGCAGGUGAAAGAUGUAAGAAUCUUCGAAGCCUCACCUAACGGAGAAAAAGACUUCAAAUCAUCCCCCAACCAGGAAAGUUUCAAGAGGGCACUCGAGGCAAACCACCUGGUUUUCUCAGAACGCAGAGGCCGUUUUGUCAUGGUGCUGCCGGUUAAGACAGAACCUGUGUACAUCACCAAUAUCAAGCGUGGUAUUUUGAGUGCACUGCAAUUGCAGUUUAGCGAAAAACCACAAGAAAUGAUUCACGAGGUACGCUUCUUUAGUAAAAUUAUACAUUGUGGUGAACAACAACACAGGGUCCUAAAGUUAAAACCAAAUGUUACUCUGGGGAAUAUUAACAUAUGAAUUAUACUUUUGACUCGAAGUACUGAACCCUUCUUCAUAGGCUCAGAGAUUGUAUUUCUCCUUGGAGAGACUGAAAGAUUUUAAGCUAGUGUUGUUUCUACUUUCAUUCAAUAACCUGCGAGAAAAAAAAAACAAAACCUGGGGAAUCAACGAGAAGACAAUUAACUUCUGCAAGCCAUGAAAGACAAUCUUUUGUUUAAGGAUCAAAGUUGAGUCUCUCAACUUUGUUUUAAAAUCUGCCACCAAAAAUCGCGAAAACCAAAACGCAAGAAAAAGUUAAGAUCUCCUGCAAACAGGUGAUAAUUUCGAAAAAACAUGCUAACUGAUAUAAUAACAAACCAACUCUUAAAAAUUGUUUUAGAUGGACUUGGUGGUUUUAAUUAAUUCUCAGCCAUAAUGACGGUGUCACUUGGAUGCCAUAAUUUGGAAAGGAUGAUUAAUUUAGAAUCAGCUAGGGGGUAAAAAUGCCAUUCCAACCAUUGGGUUACAAAAAAGGCAAACAAACAAACGAAAAACAACAGCAAAUUAAAAACAAAAUUACAACUAAACACUGCACAGUUGUUUCAAUGGAAACUAUCCUGUUGAUCAAGGUAUCUACCUAUAGAGACAAAGAAAAACAAAACAAAACAAUAGCUAAACGGCUAACAAACCAACAGACAAACAAAAUAACAAAUUUUUGAUCUAUUUUCAUAUCUUCUUACAUUUCAGGUUGAUGUUACAGGAAACUGUACAUCCGAAUACAAGAUUGUGAACAAACAAAUAGUGGAAAGCGAAAUCACCAAGAAAAGGGAUCUUUCCAACUGUACCAGUCGAUCACACAAUAUCACCAAGCUGAACCCAGUUACAUAUGAUGUGAACUCGGUGAGUAACAAUCAAGAAUGAACCGUGUUUAAUUCGGUAAUGUCGAUAGUAAAAAAAAACGUCGCCAAAAUAAGUAUAAAGAUGUGAAACUCUAAAUUGACGAGUUCAUUACAAAAAAAAUUAUAAACACUGCACAACCAUUGCCUUAAGUUCAACGCACACAAAUCUAAGCAAGAUUAAAGGAAAAAGACUAAGAGAGAUGAUAGAUUUUAAAGUAACAAAAAAAUUUUUUUUUUCAAAAAUUUUAAUGAUAGAAAUACCUUUCGUUUAAGCUGCGGAUUGAAAAUCGAGUCAAACAAUGAUCCUAGCGAGUAGCAGCAAUUUAACCCUUUACAUUCAAACAUCAGUAUGCAUAUUAUCCAUACUGUUCUCUGUAAAUUUCUCGUAGAGCUGACAAAUAGAAUUUGUUUAAAAAUCGAGAGCUUUACAAGUUGGUAAUCAUUUCCUUGAUUCUCGUGGCCUCAAUAUUUGAUUCAGGGCUGAUUUUGUAAAGAGAAACUAGAAGCUGGUCAUUCUUAGAGGUUAAAGGGUUAAAUAAUUGCAGAAAAGAAGCCUGGAAAAUUCAGGCUUCGUAGGGAUUGAACCUUUGCUUCUCAUAUAACAAUGUGGGCCUUUCUACCAACCUAGCUACGAAGCCACACGUUGAGAGCAAGGCAAAUUUCUGUCCUGUCACGAGGGUAAGACAAAGAAAAAAAAGCCGAGUAUCCAUGGGGAAUCGAACCUCAAACCUAUGCUCUACCGCUGAGAUAAUGGAAACUCUAUGGCGUAAGCCAGGCCAGUGCUAGUUUCCUGUAUACUGUUAAGAUGAGCAAUGUCGAAAGCGUUGUUUAGGUAGGUAGAAUAAGAGAGAGGGUAGAUUUUGAUCUUAGGAAUGAAAUCAAGAUAGUUUUUUUUAGCCUUGUCACGAGCUUGAGUGUUUUUUUGCAGCAAAUACAAGGUCCUCUCAACUCAACAAGCUUCUGCCGUUACAUUGUGCGUGAAAAGCACGUUAAGACUGUGGAAUGUAACGAAACACACCUUUUGCGACCAUUCAGCUACAAUGCGGCUGGAGUGACAACUAAUGUCACGUAAGUGUUCCAUUGGAAACAUAGUGCGUUACCUAUAUCAUUUUGACUCGUGUAUUCUUUUGAUGUCACAUAGUAUAUAAAGAACAAUUGCUCGCCGGCACUUUAAAAGGCGGGGAAGUUAGACUUUUCUUUUUCGCAAUUUCUUACAGGGUGAAUUUGACCCUUGAAUCGGUACGCAUGACGUUCUUCUUCGCGGACGAAAUGAAAUUUCCAGGUAAUGUUCUCUUUUUAAAUUCUACACACUCAAAUUUGGAAUGCUAACACUAUUUCUGAACUCUUUACAAAGCAAAAUAGAUUUCGUUAAUCAGAGUUGCUUAAUUGUAAGAGAAGGGGGCCUAUCAAAUACUGUCUGAUGUACUGAAAACUGUAUGCAUUACGUCCAUGCGUUUCCCUGGGAUUUUUAAAAUGCUUCCUAAGCCAAACUAGUAUCUACUAUUGUAGAGAUUUUGACAUGGUAGGAGGAGUGCGAAGCUGGGUUUAUUGGGAAUGAGCGAUAGCUUGUUAAGGAAGGAAGCAAUGUAGGAAACCCAAUCCGCAAUCCUCUCUUGAGAAUACGGAUAAUUUCUAGGUUGAAGUUAAACCAGCUGCGAAUAGAGGUAUCUGCGUAGACUAGUAGGAAUGCCAUUUUUCUGUUGCCUCCACUAAGUUAAGGAAUUCGCCUCCUUCUCAUCUACGUCAUUUUAAAUUCUCAGCAUCUUUUUCCAUUCAUGACUUCACCAUUAUAUGGAAUAUUUCAUCGUUCAUGCGUCGCACUGUUGCCUUGUAAUUUAUGAGACUGUUGUUAGUACCAUAUCAGUGUUGCGGUUUCUAGUUGUCUACAUACGAAAGCUUAGCUUUCCCUUAAGACUCUGUAAGAGCAUUUAGGCUUUGUAAAAUUUAUUAUCGACAUUAUUAUCAAUAGUAUUGAAUGUUAUCGUUUUCUAUUUUUGCAGUAGAAGAAGCGGUUGUGUAUUUGAAAUUGAAUUUAUAAUUUUCACUCUUUGAACAGAGAUGAGAAAAUCAGGCAUGUUUUACGAGCAAUCUUUGCCGAAAGCUGAGGCAGAGCCAGUUUAUGAGACAUCCUCUAAGAGCACAGAGGACGUUUUAGAGGGAUUGAUCAAGAUCCUUCCUAUCAACGAAACCAAACCGAGCACGGUGACUAAAUUCACCCGUUUGGUCUUCUCAAUCCGGAAACUCGACGUAAACGCUCUGAAGAAUGUCUGGACUCGAUUUUACAACUGCGAUGAACAACAAGAAGGCGAGUUCACGAAGAAACAGUGCAAGAAAUCACAGUGAGUCUUUGUUUUAACAUUAGUAUGCAUAUUCUCCAUACUGUUCUCUAUACAUUUUCUGUGUUGGUUGACAAGGAGAAUUUUUUUAACAAUCAAGAGCUUCUUGGUCACUUUCCUUAUUCUCCUGACCUUAAUUUGUGAUACAGGGAUGAUGUGGUAAGAAGAAAUUACAUGCUGGUCACUCUUAGGGGUCAAAGGGCUAACUAAGGCAACUCAGGGGGAAGUACAAUUCUACAUGACGUAAAGAAUUCUAUUCUAUCCAAACAUACUCCCGCUGGGUUAAAUAUUUUCUGCAUAUUAACAAAUGUUGCUUGGAUUGAUGGUUCUUCGAAUCUUGAUUUGAAGUCUCCGUUUCCCUCAUUCCCUUUCCAAACAGAGGCGAACUACGAGUACAAUUUGGGAAGUAAAAUAGUCUCCUUCGUAAUCGCCCUAUAGAAAGUCAGCGAUGCUCCGAUGCUCACCCCCUCCCCCUUCCCUUAGGCUUUGGUAGGGGGAGAAGGGUUACAUCAGAAAGAACAACUAAUAAGGCGAUGGCGAAGGUUUAUGGUACAUUUGUGAUAUUACUCUUAAGGUUUUCAUAAGGCCAGAAUCAAUAGGAUCGCAACUGCUAAUCAAAACAAAACAGAAAUACCACAAGUGCCAGCAGAACCUCAAAGGAAAAAACAAGCAGACCUCUUGAAGCGCGGGAAAACGUUACAGGUCGCGAUCAGCUUUCAGUACAAAUCUAAAUGCAAAGCAAGACAAAACAAAGCUAACUCCGGAUCCAUUUCAACAAUCAGUCGACAUUAAUUACUUUUUCCUUCUUUGUUUUUUCAGGGCGUAUUUGCUUGACGCUUUCACCCAGUGCGGUACCACCCCGUGCUUGAGAUACAUAAUUGAGGCCAUCCGCGACUACAAUCAAGUUAAACCUGAACAUAUGGCUUACCUAUUGAAUGGAAUCAGUGCCGUGCGAAAUCCAGCUCCAAAUCUCUUCGACGAAAUGAUCGUAAGCGAUUUUUCAUUUUUCUUAUAUUUGAAUCGAGAAGAUUUCUUUAUAGCCCCUUGGAGCUCCUCAACUGCUCUCACGUUAAAAAAUUUAGUUUUCACGUGAUUUUGUUUAUACAUCCUUUCCCUUGAAAGGUUUAAUUUGCCCACUUUUGUAAGCCUUUAGGAAAGUACCAUAUACUUUUUUUGUUACCUUUGCAGGAUUUUCUAAGACGGAGGAGUGAUUUACCCACAACCACACUACUUUCCCUUGGAACCAUGAUCCGGAAGUACUGUCAACGUACACCAGAAGAUUGCUUGAGAGAAUCUGUAAGUUUUGUUUACAAGCAUCACAAAGCUUUUAACAUAAUGACCUCAUCUAUGCAUGCCAAUAAAAAUCCACAUCGAAUUUCUGCAGUUUUUCCGCUCUUUUCUUUUUUUAACAAUUUUUGUUUGUUCUUGUUUGUAUUCAGGACUCUGCUGUGAUGCGUGCGGUCUCCUUCUUAGAGGAGCAACUUCCAAAGAACUGUGAGGCCACCUCAUAUGACAUUGAUGACGUCAUUAUCACCCUAAAAGCUAUUGGCAACGCAGGACUUAUGCACUCCAAAGCAAAAGAGCUUGUGAAAUGCUCACAAGGAGCCAACUUCCUCAAUAUCUCUGUAGUUGCAAUAGAGACCAUUCGAAGCAUGCCUUUCUGCCCGGAUACGUGGAAUGCUCUGGGAAGUGAGGUGUUUGGUGACUAUGGCAACGACCCCGAGGUGCGUCUGCAGGCUUACCUUGCCCUAAUGAAGUAUCCCGAUGAAAAAACGAUCAGAUACGUGGCACAAGUACUGGAUGGUGAAGUCAAUACCCAGGUUGGCGCCUUCGUCAGCAGCCAUCUCAAACAGAUGAAUGACUCUGUUGAGCCCACUUAUGGCAAGAGGUAAGUUUUUGUAGUUCAACACCCCCUUGAUACCCUUUCACACAAAGCUGAUGUUGCGUUUCUCUAAGAGGUGCAAAAGUUUGGGAAGGAUAAAUAAAUCCUUAUUUUGUGCGUAUAGAGAAGGGGACAUCACACAGUUGCAGUUGUUGUCGCCCCUACGUGCCCCUUAAUUUCGAAAUGAUGGAUGACUCUUUUUAACAAUACUCUAAUAGAUUGAGUGAACUAAUCAAGAAAGCUCUGAAACAGCGGACAACCCCUCUGCGUGAUUUCAACACCACCUACAAGUCGCAGUUCUUACAGAAAAGUUAUUUGAAUGGUGAGUGUCCGCUAUACAUACACGAAAUCUCUGACCUUUCUUCUUAUUGCUCCUGUUGUCUGUUCUGUCUGCAACUAAACUCUAUCUUACAAUUUGAUUUGUUUCUUUUUCCUUCUAGAGGAAAAUAAUCUGGGCUUCAGCACAGAAAGUCAUGUGAUCUAUCACCCGGAGAGCCUUGUCCCGAGAAGCGCAGAACUCAAUGUGACCCUUGACCUAUGGGGCGGGGCUAUCCCGGUGGUCGAGACAAGCACAAGGCUUGAGGGCCUGGAGAUCAUUUGGGAGAAGCUUUUUGGACACAAAGGGUACUUCCCUGACAGUCAUAUCUCGGGGCUCAUGAAAACACCAGAGAAGAGCGAAAACGAGGCCAGAGAAAUUCAGAAGAGGAGUGCAGACAACGUAAUUGACUUGGAAACUCUUGAUAGGAAGGUGAGAACAGCUUCCGUGGGGCACAAUGAAUUGAGAGGCAUCCCAUCUCGGGAAGGCCAAGCUAAAGUACAGGCUACCCAUCUUUUUGUUUUCCCAUGGCGAAAGGUUUAAGGCAUCUUAAAUAAAGAAACAGUAAUACCUCUCUCUUUGACUUAAUUUGAUCAGGAAUUACUUUUAUUCAUCCAUUCUUCUUUGCUUUUUAUUUUAAUUCAUUCUUGUUUCUCUGUAUCAAAUCAUUUCGUAUAAGUGUCAAAAGCAAUGUGCUAGGUGUUAAAUUUCGUUAAGAGAAAAAAUAAUGUUUGGAUACGGGUACUAGAGUACAAUAAAUGUUGAAAGACUAAAUUUACUUAUGUUAUUUUUAACGCAGGUUAACCUUCGCAAGAUGACGCCCAGUGGUCUUCUUUCUCUGAAGUUAUUUGGCAAUGAACUUGACUUGUUCAGAUUGAAGGAUCUGGAAUGGUUGGAGGAUGAUGAUAUUCCCAUCGCUGAUCUGAUCGAACUGUUGCGAGCUCUUUCAAAAGGAGUUGACAAGACUUUCACCAAAAGUUUUCUGUUCUUGGAAGAGACUCAUAUCAUUCCGACAUGCCUUGGAAUACCGCUGAACCUAAGUAUCAAUGGUACAUCUGUCACCAGUGUGCACGUACAAGGAAAGGCUGACCUAUUGAGCCUUUUCUGGGGUAACAAGAAGGCUGUUGUCAAAGGAACUGUAAAGCCAAGGUAACGAAAAGAAGUAUUCAUCAACUUUUAGGAGGUAUCAUCCUAAAUUUUAGUUCAAGUGACUAUAAAUCUACUUAUAAUAUUGAUUAAGCGAGGUCUUUGAAAAAGGGAUAAUCCUAAGGUCCAAAAUAUACUAACAGCAGACAAAUGAUACAAGAGUUAUACGCAUUUUUAGGCUAACGUUUGCUAUUUUGGUAUAAACCUAAACUGGAAUUUCAUCGAUCAUAAAUUUGUUUGUUAUUUAAAUUAAUUCAUUUCGUUCUUCUAUCAUUCCAUAGUGCUGCCAUCGUGAUCUCUGGAAAGGUUACAUUGGAUGCCUUCCACCUAUCAACAGGCGUUCUUCUGAAUGGUUCAAUUUCCACUUCCACCGAAUUACAAGGAAAUUUAACCUACAGUCAGGAGCAAGGAUUAAAGUCACAUGUCAAUGUCACCGACAAGCCACAGGAGAUUUUGAACAUUACGUAAGAACAAUAGCCGUCCUUUUUGUUUUGUUAUCACGUACUUUCCGUCGUAGCGUCUGUUUAAAGUACCGAUUGUAAGGUCUAUGACGCAACUUCACUAUAUAGAACAGAAUCGUCACAUAAUGUUGCGUUAACCCCGAUUCGAGCUCCAUUUUGAAGGCUCAAAAUUAUAAAUUUAUGGUUGUUGACACAAAGCUCCUCGAAUGCUUUCCACGGCGUCAUUUGACCCCAUUGAAAUUUAUUUAUUUUUUCAGUAUUUUUGUCAGUUGUAGUUAUCCUGAAAAUUCAUCUUCACUUUUCAGUUGAUCUUAAUUUUCAUCCCGUGUAACCUAGGGGAUAGUUGCAUUUAUAGAAUUUUUCAUUGUGUUUAAGUUGAUUCAUCAUCCAUCGUCUUUCCUCUUUAGAACUUCUCUUUUCCAUCAUUUCAACAACGAAGAGAUCCCGAUCCGUGGAGUGGACCAUCGCAACACGGUAUGAAUUUCCGCUUAUAACUAUUCAUGCAGCGGGUUAGGAGAACCUAGUUUCAUUUGCUUUUGAUUUUUUCGUCUUAUCCCGGAUAAAUAAAAAUUCGAACGAUGGGUAACUGCCAUACCUUAAGUUACUAUUUUGAGGAAGUUAUCGAUUUUUCAUUUCAGACUGGUAUCUGCACCACCGACAUUUUCAACAGUACUAAGAUACUCGGCCUCAAUUUGUGUUCCAACAUCUCCAUACCAGUGGCCUGGUACAAUAAAACUGCUCCAUUCUUCCCUCUUACUGGUCCUUCCAACUUCUCCGUCUACUUAAACAGAACCGAUCCAUUACUGAAAAACUUAAAAAUGGAGGUCAACUUCACGAAGCCAGACAAACACACGAACAAGACGGCCAUUUCCGUUUCUACUCCUGGAGCAAGCUACGAAAGGAGGUUCUUCUGCAAUAUCACCUCUAACAAAACUGAAGAGAUGUAUCGCUGGAAUAUAAGCGUUGGUGCCGACCACGAGAACGCCACCACGAUUGAUUAUGUCUUCGUUCCCAUCUCCAAAGCCGUUAAUAUCACUCUCAAUGUGACAAGGAAUCUCACAGCUUUCUACUUCCACCGCACCUGCCACAAGACACACAAAAUCAAGUAUGGGUUGGCAAUGAAUGCCACUCUCUUCAACAAGUCCUUUCACCACAGUUUCUUUAUGAUGAAUGACACGCACAAGUGGCACUUGGAAACAAACACCACUGUUAAAAACACCACAGAGAGCAUUCCUAUCUCCGUUCUUUACCUCAACACUUCCAUCAAUCUCAACGGAAACACGACAGGUAACAUGACGCUGAACAUUACUCACCGCCCGCUCAACCUGACUUUGCACUUGCGCGGCCAACAUAACAUGACUACUCGUACCUCGAAUGUGACUUGGAAUGUUAGCUGCCCAACGUGGAGCACACCGAUACUGAACAAUAACAUCACAAUAAACGUUAGUUACGUCAAUACUACAAGCUUCUACAAGACCCAUGUGAACGUAUUCAACAACGGGACCCAGGUGCUGUCCUGUUAUAAGGCAUAUCGUAACUCUACGGAGAAAAACAUCACUGUCUUCUUCUGCAACGCCACAGCCUUCAACAGGACCUCCUCGCUGAACAUGACUGUGACGAACGCAACCGACAGUAUCAAGAUUUGUCAUUUGAAUAUCACUCACCAGAAUAGAUCACUCGCAUUAAACACCACCUGGAUGUACAACCACGAGGUUAGAAAUGUCAGCCUAAACAUCACCUAUUUAAACCAUUCAGUUGUGCUGUCAGGCUCUUUGAAGAACUACACCUUGGAGAAGGGAUUCUGCUUCAACAGCGCCUAUUUCAACGGAACUCACCAUAACUUCACUCUAUUGUCAACGUGCUUAAGCUAUUUUAAUGCUACUGAAAGGAAAUCCUUGAUCUUGAACAUUACCAGCCUCAACUCAACUGCCACUAUGAACACAACCUGGUUCGCCAAACCGACAGCGAGAGGAAUCUUGGUUAACUGCACCUACCAGAACAGGACAAUUUUCAACAUGACAGCAACUUACUCAAACACCACUACUACUAGGAAUCUCCAUUUCAACCUGUCCAUGGGUAACUGGAGUGCAGAGUUAAAUCAUACUUACUUCUCCACUGAAAUGUUGCCGGAGGUUGAUCAAAUUCGCAGCAUUAAUAUCACGCACAGGAUCAGGAACGGUACAUCUUCCUGGAUGAAUGCCUCAUACGUUUUCACUUUCUUCAAUACUACCGCGAAAAAGGACCUCAUUGUCAACCUCACCUUCACUAACCGUACCUAUGGAGCACAAGUUAACAUGGUUAAUAAGACCACGACUGAGAUGGUUCAUCACAUCCUUAGAAUUACUGGUUACACUCCAAACAGGACAGUCAGCUGGAUGGGUGUCUUGACCAAUUCCUCCAAGGUGUUCAACUUGACAUCCGUUUUGCAGUACCAACCAAAGAAAAUUCUCAACCAAACAUUUGUUUGGAACAAAGAAAUCAGUCAGGUUAAUGUCUCCAUCGAUUUCUUGCCAAACGUUUCUUUCAGUCUAAACUGCUCUGGAGCCUUCAAUACCAGCAUCAGAGCAAACGCAAACGCCACGGUUUACAACAACACCCUUCUGUGGAAUGGAUUUGUGAGCAACAUGAGCGUGGUGUCUAACUUAACCUUAUGGAACCGUACAAUCGAAUUUGUGACCAAGACAUGUAAUAAGUCCCACAGUGCCUUCUUUAAUCUGAGCACAUGGCAUCACUUCAAUAAAACGGCAUUUAAUGGCUCCAUUACCUGGUCCAUCAACGCCACAGAGAGAGUCUCCUAUUUCAAUAUCACCUCAAGGAACGUUACUUGGUUCCUCAAGAUGUUCUCACUCAACGACACGCACUUCAACAACACCAUUUACAGAAUUAACGGCAGUGAAAUGUAUGUAGAGUGGAGCAGAGAGGUUAGAGGUGACAACACCGUAUACGACGUAUUGAACAUGACAUCUGUCAGAUACGAAUGGAGCGCCUUGAAUAAUCUCACUUUCCACAUACCAACCAAGCUGGCGAACAUUACUCUAAACGCAACGUUGGCUGGAGUAAACAUGACCAAGUUCCGAACACACUUCAAAUACGUUUUGAAGAACAUCACUCAGGAGAUGCUGCUGUGGAAUUAUACCAAAGAAAAUAUUGCCCAGAAUCUCUUUAAUCUCACCAUACAUCUACUUAAUACCACCUCCCACGGCAUCCCUAACGUCACCGUAAAUUACCAAAGGUACUUCCAAGGCGACACAUUUAACUAUUCACUCUUCUACAACAACCUGGCAAAUACUAUUCUGAAGAUCAAAGAAAGCAAUGUUACGCUGGAAAAUAUUACGGAAGAGCUGAUCGUGAUUCUCCAGAACUUCACCGAUCAUGUUAAUACCACUGCUUUUCUGGGAAACAUCUCGAACAUCAUUGGGAACACGACAUGGUACAAUCAAACAUGUGAAACAUUUAUUUUCAAUUUGACUAAGUGGGGAAGAAACGCUUCGAAAAAUUUUACUAUGUUGUUGAAUAGAACAGUCAGCGAGAUUGGAAACUGGACAAUUAAUAACAAGACAGUAAAUUACUACCUAAAAACUUACCUACCUGGUGUCCAAAAUCUUACGAUAGAAAUACUCAAUGAAACUGUCAACUUCACUCAAGCUAUGGUCAACGUGAGCUUGGUGUUUAGAAAUUUCACCCACAAUGUUACUGAGUAUAUCCUGAAUGUCACGCACCCUGUGUUAUACAGCAUCUCCAGGCAAAUACUCGUCAACAUAACAGGAUAUAUCAACAAUUCUUCAUUCCUUGGAGGAGUCGCGUACCCAGUCUGGCAGAACUUUACCGAAGUGGCUGACAUCAGUGUUUUCAAUUUAACCUACGAACUCUUCCACAACUGGACCAUCUGCGAUUCAUCCUUCGAAUGGUUCCUAUCAUCGCUUCACUAUCCAAUGAACAUCACCCUGUCCUUCCAUAAUAUCACUUCUGACGCCACCUUGUACCAAGCCAUCGAAGGCCUGUUAAAUAAAACUCUUGAGAUAUACAACGCAACGGUCCGAUCCCCGGCUUGCCGAAUGAACCGUAGCCACGAGUGGCUGGUGAACGUCACAGACCUUGCUGUUAUUUUAGUUAAUGACACCGUUAAUGUCCUGAACGUGACAAGCUUAAAGACCACUCAAGAAAUCAUCGAGCUCUACAUCAAUCGCACUCACAAUAUGACAUCCCAACUUUGGAAUAUGACAGUCCAGAUCCUCACUGCAACCAAUUUCAGCGAACCUCCACAGAAAUCAUGGGAAAUGUUGAAUUUCACGGCUCACUAUCACAACUGGACCCACAGGUAUUAAAAUAAUGAUAGUGGAAAUAGAUACUGUACGAAGAAAAACUUUCUAGAUGGACCACUAUUAAGAGUAAGUUGCAUUGUACAGAACAUGAUUCUCAUGCAAUCUUUUAUAGGUUAGACGAAGAGGACUUAAAAUCGUAGAGCAUACUGUUGAGUUGAAUGUAAGAUCAAUCUUGAUUGCCAUCUUCCUUUGACAGUAUGCCUUGGACCCGUCCAGUUCUGAAGAAGUGGAACUCAACUAUGUUGGAAGUGAUAACUGUUAUGCGAAACCACAGUUGGCAAAAUUACACCCGAUACUACUUCCCACGAGUGGUUCGAUACACAGCUGAGCCAAUAGAGAGUGACAUUUAUGUCACAGCGUGGUUCCUUCGAAAUUUCCCAUCUAACACCACUCUGAAUCAGAAGCAGAUGAACAGUUCCUUCACUUACCCCAUGUACAUGCGGAUAAACUACACUCAGUUCCUCCAUCUUUGGGCUGAAGGUUACAUUAACAUGACCGCCUGCUCUCUAAAUGCCACCCGAAACGCGACAGAAUUCAUCUUGAACGGCACCUACAACUUCACAGUGUUGGCCGUUAACAUUACCACAAAUUGGACGCAGACCUUUUACAACUUCACCUUCACUCUGGUUAACUCUACGGCCAGCUUUGUUAAUGGCUCGCUGGUCAAUGAGACGAUUUUUCACAAUGCACAUCUCCCAAAAUACUUCUACUUCAAUCUGAUGAACUUCACCAUGAAUAUCACGGAUCACGCCUUCAACUACUCCAUGUGCAUGCUGGACCAGGCUUUGCGUGAGUACGUGAAUAAGACCCUCUCACCUGUAAUUACGACAUGGAGGACACUGAAGGCCCUUAAUGAGCUGAAACCAGAGGAUAUCGUUGAGAUGCUUCAACCGAAAAGUAAGUCCUAUGGCGUGGCGUUGGAUUCCCGCCGUCUCUUAUCUAGGGGUCAUAAACAAGAACCCUGCCUUUACAAUCGUUGUGACACAAAAUAAACGUCACCUUUUUUCAAGAAAACAUUUGCUAGACACAGCCUCCUUUGACCAGUAACUGUGUCAAUUGUUCAAAAUUCUCUAUGACUGAUUUUCUGGUCUUCAAUUUGCAAUGAUGUUUUGAAUACUUUUGUUCAGGCGCGAAUAAGAAAAUUAGUUGCAGCUCUUGAUAACCCUUUGACCAAACCUGCUCUUUAUUAACUUGCGCAUUUUUCACGUAUCUCCUAACUAGACCAAACUGGUAUGAUCUUCGGAAAGAAUAUCUACACUUUUGACAAGCGUUACUUCCGCUUCCCUUGGAUUAAGGGAUCUAACUGUCAGUAUUUGGUGAGCCGUGACUUCAAGGACGGAAACUUCACCAUACUUUCUUCGCCUGAGGUUAUCGUCAUCAUCACACAGGAUGCUUUAGUGAAUAUUCACCGCAAUGGUGAGGUCAUUUCCCAAGGAAUCACCGGAGAGGAAAAAACAAACGGUUUGACGCGCGAUUUCUUUAAGGAGCUUCCUGUGAAAUUCGAGAACACAACUAUUGUACGAGAUGGUCCAUUCAUCAAUUUGACCAAUGACUUUGGCUUCUCUGUCGAGUGUGAUAUGAAGCACUUCGUGUGCAGUUACGAAGUGUCUGGAUUCUAUCAUAACAGAACGGCUGGUAUGUAAUGAGACUUUUAAAUACUUUAAUCAGUAGAGUUAGUUUUUUCGAUAGGGCAAGCCGAUAAACGCAUAACGCGAAAUCGACUUACGUGGUUCGAUUUGGCACCAUGACGAGAUGGAAAUAAAAUUUUGAUAAAUCUUGACAGCACCAUUCCUCAGAACUACAUCUAAUUUUCUGCCGAACAGUUAGGCUUCAAUAUUACCUGCAACCUUCAAAUGUAUGUCAACAUUGAUUUACUUUGUAAAACGACAGAUACAUAGAAACAUUCUAUUGAAGUAGAUCAGAAUCGUGAAAAAGGAACCUAGGUCGCAAUGCAUUACUGACGUGUUCAUGUCUUUGCCGGAUUGUUUUUCCUCUUGUCUAAGUUUAAUGUGGCUCGUGGAUAUAUGAAGGACUGGUAACGAAACUAGAUAAAGAAGUAGAGCUUUUCUUCAGAAAUGAAUGAGUAAUUUUCCUUUGAACUCAGGUAUCCUUGGUACAAAUAAUGGUGAACCUAGUGAUGACUGGAUAUCUCCAAAUGGCAAGAAUCGAACUCAAGUUUCCGACUUCGUCAGCUCGUGGCAUGUGGCCGGUGACUGCAAUGUGAAACCUGGUAUCGAAGUAAAACAAAUACCUUGCAAUAGAGACGAGUCAGCGAUAAAACGCUGCAGUAAGCUCUUCCUAAACAAGUCCUCGCCGCUUAGCAAAUGCUUUUCAGAGGUAUAUCACUAGUUUCGCUAGAAGUUGUUAAGUGGAAAGUGAACUUGGUUUACACUCCAGAACCUUUUCAAAUGCAUCUCUUCAACGGUUUUUUUUAGGAUACACAACAACGGCAAUAAGCAUUCUUAUUCAGAUUCGUGAAAAUGUUAAGAAUGCUUUGAAAACUGGACAUUCUUUAACCUUAUCAUAAAAUUCCGCAUGGAUACUUAGAUUAUAUUAACUACUUUAAAUAAGAGCCAACAAAGUGCUUACUAUUGCAAAAAGCUGUGGCGCUCUUAUAGCGGAAUUAUCUAGACAUUAUCUAGAGUUUUCAUCGGGGACUUCAUGAUGACUACAUGAAGUCUCCGAGGACUUCAUGAUGAUGUUCAAACUUAGGGCAUGUACGCUAUGAGGGGUUCAAUUCUGCCCGUUGACGUAAAUUUCAAAGGGAAUCGUGAGAAACAACCGCUGUCUUGCAAACCAAGGUGAAAAGAAGGUUAAAACGUCGGAUUCGAAUCAUCGCUGGUAUCUUAAUUCUUACGUUUCAUUAUUUGCAUUCUGUACCUUAACUUGGCAACAUUUCUGAGCUUCCCUGUUCUCCAAUUUCAGGUUAAUCCAGUCGACUUUGCAGCUGCAUGCAAAGCAGAAUACAAGGAUUGUGACGUCUCUGCACCGGUGAGAACCCUGCAUUGCAAUGUGACGGCAGCUUACAUCCGACAAUGUAAACGACAUGGAAUUGAGGUUUCUCUGCCUGACGAAUGCAGUAAGUUCGAUAUUCUUCAUUUUUGUGACAAAUUGAAUAGUUUUUUCACCGUAGGGACGAAAGAAAAGAUUGUCCUUAAUCCGCAGAAAACAAACCGCCUCGCCCCUUCUUUCUUCUUCAACCCACCAAGUCAGUAGAGCAUUCGGUGCAAUAUUUCAUCCUUAUCUCUCAAUUUUCGAAUGAUUUUUUUUAAUUUAUAAGCUCUUCUACAAAACAAACAUGUGAAUAUAAGAUCCGCCAGAGUUAGGUUACGUCUAUCGAACCUUGCGCAUUAUUUGGUAUUUACACAGAUAUAAACAUAUACACGUCAACUGAAAAUUUCUUCUUUCGAAACGGACUGCACCUAAAAUUACAAUCCACUAGCCAGAAGUGAUAAGGAACUAAAUUUUUUGACUUAUUAUUAUUAGUAGUAUUAUCCUCGCAGUUUUGUGUAUAGCAUUGAAAUAUUGCAAAAGGGAUAAUGGUAUAUUUCAGCAUUUUUUCAUGUCUUUCUUUUAACGUCUGUGGUUCUUUUUCCUAUCAAUUCCAAGAAUUUUCAGUCUCUUUUCAAUCUUUUUAUAUCGUUUGAGUGCCCUGAUUUUCACUCUAUAGCGAAACCACCUUUACCACAGUAAAUCAAAAAAAAUUAUUCAGUGAUAGUGAUAUUAUAGUGAAUGAAGGGUUAAAUCAAGUUGUUGAUGAAUUACUGCUGAGGAGGUUUGACGGCUAAAGCAAGCAACCACGGGGAAUAAUUUGGUUUGAAUUCAUUGCUCGGCCCGGCAUUCAAAUUGUCAAUGUCAGUGACCUCGGAAACAGCAGUCCCACUUUAAUCUUGUUGAGAGAGUAUUUUGGUCACCUCGUUCCUUUUGUCCACAGCAUCUUGUGAAGUUGGAAGCAACAUGCAUGAGAAGAACUCGACAUGGAAAGAGAAACCCUCGAGUAAAGUGGACAUUGUUUUCGUGUGCAGCGAGGGUGAAGAUAUGGAGCCUGUGGCCGCUCUAUUACCUUCAUUUACACAGCAGAUCGACCAAUAUAUGAAGAAAGAGGGGAUGUCACCGCAGUUUGGUCUUGUGGGGUUCAGCGGUAAAGUGCCAGUGCACAGGCCCGGUCAUGAGCAUACUAUUAAGGGUCAGCUCUUUAAUAGCGCCAAGUACUUCACAACUGACGUCAUCAGGAACAUGAGAUUCGUCCCAAGGUUAGAUUUGAAUCCUUGCAAACCGUACUUGGUGAAGGGCAAAUGAGCUUAGUGUAGAACCUAGCUAGACAGGCUUUCCGUGGCUUUUAAGAGACCUAAAAAAUACUUUGGUGGGAAAACAGACACUUGGAGACACUUUGCCAUUGAAACACGGAUUGAACGGCUGCUUAUCCCAUGAAAAAUGCAAGUGGUGCAGUUCGGUAAAUGGAUGCCCACCAUAACACAGGGUCUGAAAAUCGUGCAUUCAAACCUUUCAUAAAACUAUAACAUCUUAGGCGGGUAGAAAAAAUGACUUGAAAGGCUUGAAGGAUAAAAACAAACAGAUACAGAUAAAAAUAGCGCACAUGUCUUAAGAGAUUUGUAUCGUUCAAUUUUCAGGAGCAAUAGGGAAUUCCCAGAAAGCGAUGGCUAUCUUGGCUUGAUGAAGGCUGCCGAAUAUCCAUUCCGACCUGCUGCCUCCAAGCUCAUUGUCCUCGUCACGAACAGCAUCCGAGUCAAUCAUAGCAACAUUUCCAGUGAAACAGUCGUCAAGGCUCUGAAGGAUAUCGGUGCAAGACUUGUCUUGAUUGGGAAGUUUCCGUAAGUAACUUGUGGAUAUUUUUAUAUGUAACAGAAUUUUGGCUUUGUGGCCGAUGAAGUCGCCCGGAACGUUUAAAAGCGCGAUGCUGUCGAUAACCAACUGCACAAAACCUUGAUAAGUUUGCCAAUUGAAUGGGGUGGUGAUAGAUUAACCUCUUUUUGUCGUUAGGGUCUGCUAGUUGCGUAAAGUUAAUAGAUCAAGUGCAAGGAGAAUUUAACAUGAUCACUCUGUCCAAUUUUAAUGUUGAUAGGUUGGCGUGCCGAUCAAACGCUCAGUGAAACAAGUUUCACUUGUUCGUCACCUAUGUAUCCGAAGUUUCACCUUAUUGCAAUUGACGUUCUCAUAUUCUGCCACAUUCUCUUGGAGUGGUCAACGGAACCCAAUCGCUUCACAGAUAGAAAAAAAUUUCGGGGAUUUAACCCUUAUUUGCCUUAUUUGGUGACUUUACUAGUUACUUAUUCUUUAUUUAUUUCUUUUAAUUGCUUCUGUCAUUUAGGCUUAAGAGGGCCAUUGCAAUAGACACUUUCAAUAAUGCCUACACGAAGAAAGGAAUUUCGAAAGCCGAAACGAAGUCACUUAUAAAAAUCUACCGACCACCUCAAAAUGACGAAUACUUCCAGGUUGUUACUGAAACACAAGGUGUAGGUAUCAACCUGAAGCCCGCUUUCGAGGGACCAAAAGCUAAGCCAUACUCCUGGCAAAUGCAGAUGAUUUUGGAGAGCAUUUUUAAACAAUUGAAGCAUGACACUGCACAGUGCAGAGAAUGUUCUUGUGUCCCUGAUAUGGUUGGAAAGGGAAAGACCGUCUGCAAGACAGUACCAUGCAAAGCUUAGAAAAAAGGUAAGACAUUUAAUGGUAUCAACUCAUAGUUCUAAGGUCAGUUGGCCCCGCAUUCCAAGUCAUAUCUACAGAUAAUGUUUAUGAAAGCGGGGCAGAGAGAAUAAAAAUAAACGUUACUCGUAGUUGACCAAAGUAGUACUUAGCCGAGAUCGAUAAAAGAGAAGGGAAGUGGGAGAGGUGAACUCGUUGUUUAAGCAAUUUUCGUGGAUGACCGUCGAAAAUUAAGAAGAGUGAAAAGGACAGGUUCAGAGUAAAAGGCGCCCUCUACUAAGCGUCGUACGCUCUUUAGCUAGUGUACCACUGACUAAACUACAAUAUUAAAAAAAAUGCCAGGGUACCAUCACAGUCUUACUUUCAGGAAACAAAUGGAAAUUAACGUUAGCUUCAUUCGUGUAACUGACUUAUUGGCUACCUUGGAAAUCAUAG